CUAGACAAAGACAUGUGAAAUUUUGUCCCAUUGUAUACACUCCAGCAGCCUGUACACUCCAGAAUCCAGUCUGGCAAAACACUUUUGUAAGGCCAGUCUGGAUUUGCUGUUAGUCACUGCCAGUAUACCGUUUCCGGCUCUGGGGAAAUGUUUUGCUCACUGGUGACAUGAUAUGAAAAAUACAAAGAAGUGAGCUUGUAAAACUUCUCAAAUACCUGUGGCAUGACAAUAAGGAAAGAGAAAAUAUAAGGUAUAAUACCUCCAAAUUGAGUUUUGUGGCUACUGUGGCACAGUGUCUAUUGAAAGGAGGGGUGGUAUAAGAUAAAGGGAUGUACAAACACACAUGUUCACUGAGGCCUCAUCAUACGUAGCAUUGCAAAUAGGUGUAAUUGAGAGAUUUCUGGAUUUUCCCCCUUUCAAAAGAAUAUUUUGGGAACAUUUACUUCUGCAAAAAAACAACAACAACGUUUUCGUUCCUCAAAAAUGAAGAAAAUACGCUUUUAUUCUCAUUCACAUCAGGUAUUUUCGAUAUUAUACUGAAACUUUUAAGAAGUUUCAAGGGGCAAGGGAUUGCAAAACUCAUCCAGCCUGCUUUCAGUUCAAAUAAGAAAUUGCAGCGGCCAUUAAACACACACUGCAUUCUCAGGUGUCAGCAAGUGAUGUCAAGCUCACAGAUCAUGAACCCACUUAGAGUGAAAACAAGCUGACAGCAGAAUCAGAAAAAGUAAACUGGCGGUAAAAUAAAAGCCCUGUUGAGAGAGGUGGAUUUAUGGGAGGGUCAAAGAUGUAUGAUGGCAUAACAAUUUUUUGCAUUGUUCUUUGUGCUUUAAUGUGACAAGAUGGCUUACAUGAUUGAAGGUGUGACUGUUUGAACAUGUCUGACGUUUGUCCGUUUUGCCUCUCUCAACAGAGUUUCAAUGCUCCUCCACAUUCUAAGAUGAAGUUAUGGAAAGGUGCUACUUUUGCCUUCAUGCUCUGUGGUGCAGCCCUGUCCAUCCUCCUCUUUAAAAACAUGGCCACUAUCGGACAGUUCAAACCUAAGACAAAACAUCCGUACUCAUCUUUGUCCUCAUCAACACCUUCAUCAGGAUCGACAUCCAAGACCUCAACGCCAUCACCAUCACCAUCAGCAGAAUCGACAGUGUUGUCCCGGCAGAUGGGUGGUCUUCAUCGGAGAACACGCUCAGCAGACGAGAUGAACUCUCUCCUCUCAGAGUUUUCCAUGAUGUUCCAGAGCUUCACAGAGGGCGAGCUUCAGCAUGUGGUCGGGACCUUGCUUGACAGGAAGAGAAGGAAGAGCCGGCGCCUGGAUGAGAAGCAGGCCCGAAGGACAAAAAGAGCACGACGGCCUAAGCCCUGCUCCUUGAGGGAGCUGGAGCUGACCGUGAGUGAACUGGGUCUUGGCUAUGACAGCGACGAGACGGUGCUGCUGCGCUACUGCAGCGGCAAAUGCACGGCCCACCGGCACAACUACGACAUCACCAUGGAGCACAUGAUGCGGACGGGCUUCAGGAAGAAGGGGCGCAAGGACAAGGUUGGCAGUGGGCCCUGCUGCCGGCCGACCGCAUUCGAAAAGGACUUUUCCUUCCUGGACAACAAGAGCCGCUACCACACGAUACAGAAUGUGUCGGCAAAGAACUGUGGGUGUGUAUGACCCAGAGAAAUUGACUUUAUCACUUCUUCUCGCUGCUCUCAGCCUCUGUUGGAACAGUUGAACAUGGAUGCUGUUAAAAGACAAACUGUGGAAUAUAAACUCAAGGAGAGGAGGAAAGGAUGGGAAUAUGUUUAUGGCUGCUCUACGGCGGCCUUUUUGUGACAGGCAGACUUGACUUUUUUGGCGUCCGUCAAUGCAAACUGGAACCAAAUCACAUGGACAGCAAGAGCUGCGUUUGUAUGGAUUCCAUGUAAAGAGACACAGAAAAUAACUGUUCAUACCAAAAAGUUUUUAUUAUCUUUUCUAUCUGUGUAGUAACACUGUAAACUGUGGUGUAACAACAAUGUAGCAACAUUAUGUUUGUGAUAUGACAUUUGAGUAGUAGUACAUGCAAUAGAUGAGCUAUGAGCCAUUGCGGACUAAAUUAUUGCUGUUAACUACACUUCAUAUCCGUGGGUGUUAACUUCAAUAAGUCCAAAUCUUGUAGUUUACAUGAUUAGAAUGGUGACAGUAAAUUACCUUUCAGGCAAAAAAGUGCUAAAAAAAUCCAUUUCAAAGCCAUAAAUAAAACAAAAAUAAAAAUACCUGUAAUCCACCAAUGUUUACUUAAAGUUCUGCACAGGACAGUUUGGACCAUUGAUCUAAAAUGAUGUCUACAGAAAGUAUAUUGACUUAAAGGUGUGUUGAGUUGUUGUUAUCACAGGUCAUGACUUUGUGACCUGUUUCCCUGCUUGUAUGCAUUUCUGUUACUGAUUGCAGUGUUAUUACACAGGUUAAAGAGCAUGUGUUAUUGGUAAGAAUUUGACGAUGGAAGUCCUUUUCUAUAGCAACAGGUUUGAUACCCACCUUUAAUUAUUGUGUUUUGUAUAUUGAUGUUGUGUAGAUUAACAAUGAGAACCUGUUUCAAAACACAUAAAUACUCUUUCACUUUAGUAAUAAAACAACAUGGAAAUUUAUCCCAUCUGCACUCUAUAGAAUAACUCAUCACACUCAAAGAAAUUAUCAUCAUUUUAAGUCUUUUUUUAUACUUUCCCCAAAUAACCCAGUAUUGUAAUUACCCAUAAUCCUCAGGAAUUAUUUUCCUCAAGGAAUUGCCAAAACAUACCAAGUCAAUUCAACACGCAUGAAGAAUUCACAAACUUAGAUUCAUAAACAUCUCAUGUCUCAAGUUCCUGGUGACAUAACGUCUUUAAUAUCGUCUGUAAUUUGUGAACGUUUACACUCAGAGGUUUUAGCUAAACUGAGGUGUGAAAGAGAAGAAUGCUUUUAGUGCGUAGGCAUGUUUUUUUCUCGCUGACAGAAAACUAACUAUGAAGUAGAGUUGGGAUCUGGAAAUGUCUUUGCACCCAACCAUAAAACCCUGUAACUUACUAUGAUCCAAAGCCCACAGUACAGCCUUUUAUUGGCCCAUCAAAUGCCUCCUUGUUGUAAUGCCUGGUAGAGUUUUAGGGGAAAAUAAGCUGUUGAAAUGAAUUAUGAAGCAUCUUUUUCACCUUUGACAAUCUUUAUUUGGUUUGAACCCAUUGCAGUUGUUUUCCUGAAGUACAAUAAAUUAUGUUUUUGUUUUUUGUUUUUGAGGAGGUGCAGUGUGCAGCGUGGAUGCAGUGCAUCUUUAUUGUAGUUUAUAUUGUAUUUAUUGGGAAGUAAAUUAUGGUUUUGCAUAUUUAUUUAGAUUACCACACAGAAAUGGGACAGCUUAUUAUCAUUAAGCAACUGUGCCAAAAAAUGUUUUAUCUAACAUUCUUUAUUGACUGCUGAAUAAACAUAAUUUCAGAGGUA